GCUUACAUUAGACACAUCGAGCAUUUAGGUUGGCAACCUCCCCCCCUUCCCUUUUUCAUCAAGAUGGAAGCCGUCGAAGACGUGCUAAGCGAUGCUUUCCCCGAUAUUGACGAAGACCUAUUUGAUUACCUCGAAGGCGUCUUGGAUGAGGGCAAGGAGGACUUCUCCACUUGUGACGAGGUUUACGAUGCUGUCGGCGAGAUGCUGUUGCAAAUCUCCGGCGACACCAAAGACGACAAUGAGAUCCGGGAGAUCUGCGCCCGGCUGCUCCACGUCAUGAAAGGGGAGUCCGACGUGCAGAAUGGUGACAGCCACAGUGCCCGUGCGAAGGUUCUUAAUGCCCCAGUGCAGUUAAAAGCCUUGGCUGCUGAGUUUGAGAAUACUACCGAUGAAGUUCAAAGCAUCUGGAUGAAGCAGAGAGACAGUGCAUUGCAAGUGGACCAGAAGAAGCUUGAAAAGGCAGAGGCCAAGUUGAAGCAGAAGCAAGAGAAACGGGAAGUCGGUGGGGAGAAAGUUGUGCCUGUUCAACCAGUGUUGAAAGCUGCCACAGCAAGUCAAGCAGUCAGCAAGAGGGAAGCCCGCAUGGAAAGCAAGGGCAGCAACCGUACUCAGGACAUUCGUGUUGAAAAUUUCGACAUUGCCUUCGGCGACAAAACACUCCUAAUGGGAGCCAACUUGACACUGGCCUGUGGAAGGCGCUACGGUCUUGUGGGCAGGAAUGGUAUUGGAAAGACUACGCUUCUGAGGAUGCUUUCCAGUGGUCAACUCAGGAUUCCAUCGCACAUCUCUGUGCUGCACGUAGAGCAGGAGGUUGUGGGAGAUGACACCAUUGCACUGGACAGCGUCCUUUCCUGCGACGAGAAGAGGCAGCGGUUGCUCAACGAGGAAAAGGAACUUACCGCCAAAGUGGCCGAGAGAGAUGACCCGGCACUGAAUGAACGGUUGUCUCAGGUCUAUGCCGAACUGCAGCACAUAGAUGCCGACAAGGCACCGGCAAGGGCAUCAGUCAUCCUGGCCGGUCUUGGCUUUUCCUCGGCAAUGCAGCAAAAGAAAACCCGAGAGUUUUCCGGAGGAUGGAGAAUGCGAAUAGCAUUGGCAAGAGCACUGUUCACGAGGCCUGACUUGUUGCUGCUUGAUGAACCUACAAACAUGUUGGACAUGAAAGCGAUCAUUUGGCUAGAGAACUACCUACAGGACUGGCCUACGACACUUCUGGUGGUCUCCCACGACCGGCUCUUCCUGGACACCGUUCCCACAGACAUCCUGCACUUCCACUCGCAACAAAUCACAGGCUACAGGGGUAACUAUGAGAACUUUGUCAAAGUCAUGACAGAACGGCUCAAGAACCAGCAGCGCGAGUACGAGGCGCAGCAACAGUACAAGGCACAUGUGCAGGUCUUCAUCGACAGGUUCCGGUUCAAUGCAAAGCGUGCCUCCCUAGUGCAGAGCAAAUUGAAGAUGCUGGAAAAACUGCCUGAGUUGAAGCCCGUGGAAAAGGAGGUUGCAGUCACGCUACGGUUUCCCGACCCAGAACCACUGUUCCCACCAAUCCUGCAGCUUGACGAGGUGUCCUUUGGUUACAACCCUGGCCAGAAUGUGCUGGAGCGUGUCAACCUUUCGGCCAACCUGCAGUCAAGAAUCUGCAUUGUCGGUGACAACGGCUCCGGCAAAACAACGUUGCUGAAGAUCCUCAAUGGCGAGUUGAACCCGACGGCAGGAGUGCGGCAUGUGCAUCGCAACCUGGUGAUCGGCUACUUCACCCAGCACCACGUCGACCAACUGGAACUCGGCAUCUCCUCGCUAGAGUUCAUGGCUAAGCAGUUUCCUGGGAAGUCGUCUGAGUACUACAGGCAACAGCUGGGCUCCUUUGGUGUCACCGGCGACCUGGCAUUGCAGACCAUUGGCAGCCUCUCUGGAGGCCAGAAGAGUAGGGUUGCAUUCGCCCUCAUGUCCAUGCUACGGCCUCAUUUCCUAAUUCUCGACGAGCCUACGAAUCACUUGGACAUAGAAACCAUUGAAGCCCUGGGGCAGGCCCUGAACAGGUUUCAGGGCGGUGUGGUGUUGGUGUCCCACGACGAGCGGCUCAUCCAAAUGGUGUGCCAGGAACUGUGGGUGUGCAGUAAUCGCACCGUGCGAAGCAUCGAAGGUGGCUUUGCGCAGUAUCGCAAGUUGAUUGAAGAGGAGCUGGCAGCACAGGGACAGUGAGAAAUGCAUCGACGAUUCGACGGGCUUGUCGGCAAGAAAAAAAAAGAAGCGAAGAAGAUUCCUUGACUGGGGGAAAGUGCAAGGACGUGAGAGAACAUUUGAGACAAGCAAGCUUAGCACGGACCGACAGUUUGACGCUUCCAGACAUCUUUGUUGUGCGUGUGCGUCGCUGGUCUUCACACAGCCGAUUAUUUAUCUUAAUUGCAGAAAAGAAAAAGUCUGCUAUGACUUGCGAAAGAGAAUGCUUUUUUUUCUUGCCGAGUA